AUGGAUCAACCACACAACCAUCACAUGGACCAACCACACAACCAUCACGUGGUUCCGUUCAUCAACGUAACAACCCACCCCUACAUCAUCAACACGACCCUACCCACCAACCAGACGACUCUCAACAACAGCUUGAGUGAAGAGUUCAAAACCCUCCCCCUGUACAUAGCCGCACGGUACAUCAACCUGUACUACCUGUGGGUCAUCUUCGCCUUCGGCUUCCCCGGCAACAUCUUCAGCUUCAUCACCAUCCUCAGGAUGAAGCCGCUGACCUCCCCCACGGGGUACGUAGCUGCCGUGGCCUUUGUGGACAACGCCUGCCUGCUGUUCAAGGUCCUGUUCCACUCCGUCACCAAGUUCGACGUGCCCGUGGGUGACGCUGGGUGUGGAAUUAUCACCUUCUUGGGCUCGUUCAGCUCCCACUUCGCGAACUGGCUGCUAGUCGCCAUGACGGUGGAGAGGUGUCUCGCCAUCUGUAUGCCGCUCAGGGUCGGCUCCAUCUGCACCAAGUAG